CCUAAAAAAACCCUAGUGUGAAGUUGUGACCUCUAUGUCUCUCUCUCAUCCCAUCACCAGCACCAAGGCACAAAGUCCAGCCAUAUAGCCAAAGAGAGAGUAGUACACUGAGAAAAGCCUGCUGCUUUUUUGUUUUCUUUGAUCAAUCUUCUGCUAUCCAUCCAUCCCUCCAUUUAUCAGCCUUUAAUAUCUCUGUGGUCUUGGGGUUUUAAAAGAAGCUCAUUUAAUCUUGUCAAACAAACUGAUUUUAACCACAACAACACACAGAAAGAAAAAGAAAAAAGAAAAGGGUUUUGUGUGGAGCCCUAUUCAUUUCCCCCCUUUGCACUUUGCAGUGUUCCUUUCUUUCUCUCCAUCCAUCCAUUCUAGAGUGAGAUAGAAACACGCACAUAUAUACAUACAUACAUACACAUCAUAUAUAGAGAGAGAAAGUGAUAGAUAUAGAGAGAGAGAGGGGUUACACAGUAGUAGUAGUAGCAGAAGUAGCAUAAAAAGAUAGAAAUAUAUAUAUAAUGCAGCAGCACCUGAUGCAGAUGCAGCCCAUGAUGGCAGCCUAUUAUCCCACUAACAGCGUUACUACUGAUCAUAUUCAACAGUACCUCGAUGAGAACAAAUCACUGAUUCUGAAAAUUGUCGAGAGCCAAAACUCAGGGAAAAUGACUGAAUGCGCCGAAAAUCAGGCGAAGCUUCAGAGGAACCUUAUGUAUCUUGCUGCUAUUGCCGAUUCUCAACCUCAGUCACCUGCUGUUCAUUCUCAGUACCAGCUGGGAGGGAUGAUGCAACAGGGAGGAGGUCAUUACAUGCAGCAGCAGCAGCAUCAACAAGCAGCUCAACAAAUGACACCACAAGCACUAAUGGCAGCACGUUCCUCUAUGCUCUACAACCAACAGCAGUACUCCUCACUACAGCAGCAGGCCGCCAUGCACAGCCACCUAGGAAUGAACUCCGGUGGCGGUGGUGGUGGUGGUGGUGGUGGGCUUCAUAUGUUACAAAGCGACAGCACCAGUGCAGCUGGUGGCAGUGGUUCGCAUCUUGGUAUAGGAGGCUUCCCUGACUUCUCACGUAAGCAAGAUCAUAAUAGUAUUGGGCUUUCUGGAUCCACCACUGAAGGACGUGGUGGUGGUGGAGAUGGUGGUGAGUCGCUUUACUUGAAAUCUGCUGAUCAUGAAGGUAACUGAUCAUGUUUGUUUGUUUAGUCGUGUUAUGUUAUAGCAUAUUAUAUUAAGUCUCUACUAGAUUUUAGCUUCAGAAGUAGGUAUGAAGAGUAGAAAUCUGGAAAAAUAAGUUGUUAAGCCGUUGAUAAAUGGAUUUUGGUCAUGUAGGGUAAUUAACAACACCCUGAAACUUGAAACUUUUAGUGGUUUUAUAUAUGUUUCUGGACACCAUGGAUUGUAGCUGUGUGUUUUGUUGUAAAUUUGUAGGUCUUGUUGUGUUAUUCAUGUUUCUUGAUUCGCC